UGGGUGGACCCCGGCGCACAGGCCUCUGCUGCCUCUUGGGAGCGGGCGGGGAGCCGGACCUCCCGCACCUGCAGCGACCUCGUACUCGCGGGCUCCGGCGCGGUCACCUGUGGCUGCGCUCCGUGUUCCCCCGCGCCGGUCCAUGGCGCACGUGGAGGCGGUGGCUCCGAGGGCUCCCCCGGGCUGCAUGUGAGCUGGGCACCGGAGGAGGGACUCGGCGCGGGGCCACAGGCGCGAUGCUUGUCCUUGUGGAGGCGACGGCGGCCGCGCGGUGGCCCUGGCCCUGGUGCUGCUGCUCCCCGCCGUGCCCGCGCCGGCGCCCUGCUCCGCCUGCAGCCCAGCAUGCCCCACGUGUGCGCGGAGCAGGAGCUGACCCUGGUGGGCCGCCGCCAGCCCUGCGUGCGGGCCUUCAGCCGGACGGUGCCCGUGUGGAAGCCGGGCUGCGGGCGGCAGCCGUGGUGCGUCAGCCAGGAGCGGAGAACCAGCUACUACACCAGCUACAGGCAGGUGUACGCCGCGGAGACCCGGACCGUGCUCAGGUGCUGCCCUGGGUGGAGCCAGCAGCCGGGCGCCCAGGGCUGCCUCGCCGACGUGAACGAGUGUGCCGCCGGCAACGGGGGCUGCGAGGGCCACUGCUGCAACACCGUGGGGGGCUUCUACUGCCGCUGCCCCCCGGGCCGCCAGCUGCACGGAGACGGCAAGACCUGCCGAGACGUGGACGAGUGCCAGAUGCACAACGGCGGCUGCCACCACAGGUGCGUGAACACACCCGGCUCCUACGUCUGCGAGUGCAGGCCCGGCUUCCGGCUCCACGCGGACGGCAGGACCUGCCUGGCCGUCCCGUCCUGCGCCGUGGGCAACGGGGACUGCCAGCACAGCUGCGUGCAGCUCACGGUCACCCAGCACCGCUGCCAGUGCCGGCCCGAGUUCCAGCUCCAGGAGGACGGCAGGCGCUGUGUCCGCAGGAACCCGUGCUCGGACCGGAACGGCGGCUGCAUGCACACGUGCCAGGCGCUCCGGGGCCUCGCCCACUGCGCGUGCCACGCCGGCUACCGGCUGGCGGCCGACCGCAAGGCCUGCGAAGACGUGGACGAGUGUGUGAUGGGGCUGGCCCGGUGUGCCCACGGCUGCCUCAACACCCAAGGGUCCUUCAAGUGCGUGUGCCACGCGGGGUACGAGCUGGGGGCCGACGGCCAGCAGUGCUACCGGAUCGAGAUGGAGAUCGUGAACAGCUGCGAGCUGGACAACGGCGGCUGCUCCCACGGCUGCAGCCACAGCAGCGAGGGGCCGCUGUGCACCUGCCCCCGCGGCUACGGGCUGGACGAGGACCAGAAGACGUGCAUCGAUGUGGAUGACUGUGCUGACGCGCCCUGCUGCCAGCAGGCCUGCACCAACAGCCCCGGCGGCUACGAGUGCGGCUGCUACGCCGGCUACCGGCUCCUCCCCGACGGCUGCGGGUGUGAGGACCUGGACGAGUGUGCGUCCGGCCGCGGGGGCUGUGACCACCACUGCGCCAACCUGGCCGGCUCCUUCCGCUGCUCCUGCGAGGCCGGCUUCCGGCUGGACGGGGACCGCCGGGGCUGCUCCCCCCUGGAGAUGCCCGAGGUGGACCUGGACGGCCGGCUGCCCCUGGCGCGGCCCCUGCCGCACGUCUCGGUGCUGCAGGACACGCUGUCCCACCUCUUCCAAGACGACGACGUCGGGGCCCUGGAGGCGGAGGCCCGGGGGGAGCACACGCUGGAGGAGAAGUUUGUCUGCCUGGAGGGCGCCUUUGGCCCCGACUGCGGCCUGACCUGCGAGGACUGCGGCAACGGGGGGACCUGCCUGCCCGGCCUGGACGGCUGCGACUGUCCCGAGGGCUGGACCGGGCUCGUCUGCAACGAGACUUGCCCCCCAGACACCUUCGGCAAGAACUGCAGCUCCGCCUGCAGCUGCCAGAAUGGCGGGACCUGCGACCCUGUGACGGGGGCCUGCCGCUGCCCCCCGGGUGUCGGCGGAGCCCACUGUGAGGACGGCUGCCCCAGGGGUUUCUAUGGCAAGCGCUGCCGUAAGAAGUGCCACUGCGCCAACCGGGGCCGCUGCCACCGCCUCUACGGGGCCUGCCUCUGCGACCCCGGGCUCUACGGCCGCUUCUGCCACCUGGCCUGCCCGCCGUGGGCCUUCGGGCCGGGCUGCUCGGAGGAGUGCCAGUGCGAGCAGCCGCACACGCAGGCGUGCGACGGGAAGGACGGCCGCUGCGUCUGCAAGGCGGGCUUCCGAGGCCCGCGGUGCCAGCACGCCUGCGAGCCGGGCUCCUUCGGGCCGGGGUGCCAGCAGGCAUGUGCCUGUCCCCUGGGCUUGGCCUGCGACCCCGUCAGCGGCGCGUGUGGGAAGCCAUGUCCUGCUGGCUACCGCGGGGAGGACUGUGACCAAGAGUGCCCAGCGGGGACAUUUGGUGUGAACUGCUCGGGCUCCUGCUCCUGUGGGGGGGCCCCCUGCAACACGGUCACCGGGCAGUGCCUGUGCCCGCCGGGGCGGACGGGGGACGCCUGUGGGGAAGAUUGCCCCGAGGGCCGCUGGGGGCUCGGCUGCCAGGAGAUCUGCCCGGCGUGUGAGCACGGAGCCGCCUGCGAGCCUGAGACUGGAGCCUGCCGGUGCCGCCCUGGCUACACGGGCAGCCGCUGCCAGGACGCGUGCCCCGCGGGCUGGUUCGGGCCCGGCUGCCACACCCGCUGCUCCUGUGCCAACGACGGGCCCUGCGACCCGGCGACCGGGCGUUGCAGCUGCGCCCCGGGGUGGACCGGCCUCAGCUGCCAGAGAGCCUGUGACAGCGGACGCUGGGGACCCGACUGCAGCCACACCUGCAACUGCAGCGCGGGCCACGGGGGCUGCGACGCCGCCAGCGGCGCCUGCCUGUGCGAGGCUGGCUACCUGGGCCCGCGGUGCGAGCAGCGGUGUCCCCAAGGCCGCUUUGGGCCGGGCUGUGAGCGGCGGUGCCAGUGCGAGCAUGGGGGGGCCUGUGACCACGUCAGCGGGGCCUGCACCUGCCCAGCCGGCUGGAGGGGGACCUUCUGUGAGCGAGCCUGCCCGGCCGGCUUCUUCGGACUGGACUGCCACCACGCCUGUGACUGCGCCGCCGGGGUGCCCUGUGACGCUGCGAGCGGCACCUGCCUCUGCCCCGCGGGCCGCCGGGGCCCCCGCUGCGCCCAGACCUGCCCGGCCCUCACCUACGGGCACAACUGUAGCCAGGCCUGCUCCUGCUUCAACGGGGCCUCCUGUGACCCAGUGCACGGGCGGUGCCACUGUGGCCCUGGCUGGACGGGCCCCAGCUGCCUGCAGGCCUGCCCCGCGGGUCUGCACGGCGAGAACUGCCAGCGUGCCUGCCUCUGCCACAACGGGGGCACCUGCGACCCUGUCUCAGGCCACUGCGCCUGCCCGGACGGCUGGGCCGGCCCGGCCUGCGAGCAGGAGUGCCUCCCGGGGCGCUCCAGAGCCGGCCGCCAGCAUGGCUGCGGGUGCCCCAAUGGCGGCCUCUGUGACCGGCACACAGGCAGCUGCCUCUGCCCCGCUAGCCGGACGGGGCACAAAUGUCAGAGCCCCUGUGCCGAGGGCACCUUCGGGGCUGGCUGCCAGGAGCGCUGCGCCUGCCGGCGGGGAGCCACCUGCCACCGGGUCACCGGGGCCUGCCUCUGCCCGCCGGGAUGGAGGGGCUCGCGGUGUGACACUGCCUGCCCGCGUGGCUGGUUCGGGGAGGCCUGUGCCCGGCGCUGCCAGUGCUCGCCGGACUCCGCCUGCCACCACGUCACCGGAGAGUGUCGCUGUCCCCCCGGCUUCACCGGGCCCGGCUGUGAGCAGGCCUGCCCGCCGGGCACCUUCGGGGAGAGCUGUGGGCAGAAGUGCCGGUGUCCCAGCGAGAGCCAGGCCUGCGACCCUGCCUCCGGCAUCUGUGUGUGCGCGGCCGGCUACCACGGCACCGGCUGCCGGCAACGGUGCCCUCCGGGGCGCUUCGAGGCCGGGUGUGAGCAGCUCUGUGGGUGUCUCAACGGGGGAUCCUGUGACGCAGCCACGGGCGCCUGCCGCUGCCCCACCGGCUUCCUGGGUGCCGACUGUGGCCUCUCCUGUCCCCAGGGCCGCUUCGGCCCCGGCUGUGCCCACCUGUGCAGCUGUGGGCAGGGGGCGACCUGCGACCCCGUGACCGGCAACUGCACCUGCCCGCCCGGGAGGACCGGUGCCCACUGCGAACAGGACUGUCCCCAGGACCGGUUUGGCGAGAGCUGUGAGCACAUGUGCGCCUGCAAAAACGGGGGCCUGUGCCACCCGGCCACCGGCAGCUGCUCCUGCGGCCUGGGCUGGACGGGGCCGCACUGCGAGCUGGCCUGCCCCGCCGGGCACUACGGGGCCGCCUGCCGCCUGGAGUGCUCCUGCCGCCACAACGGCACCUGCGAGCCCAGCACGGGCGCCUGCCGCUGCCGCCCCGGCUUCUACGGCCAGGCCUGCGAGCACUCCUGUCCCCCUGGCUUCCACGGGGCCGGCUGCCAGGAGCCGUGCAAGUGCCACCGCGGAGCCCCCUGCCACCCGGCCAGCGGCCAGUGUCUCUGCCCCGCCGGCUUCCGCGGCCAGUUCUGCGAGAGCGGGUGUGAGCCGGGCUCGUUUGGAGAGGGCUGCCGCCAGCGGUGUGACUGCGAGCAGGGGGCAGGCUGCGACCCCGUCUCUGGCCACUGCUUGUGCCCCCCGGGGCGCAGGGGGGCCACCUGCAGCCUUGACUGCAGGCCGGGCUUCUUCGGCCCAGGCUGUGCGCUGCGCUGUGGCUGCGGGGGCGGGGCCGACUGCGACCCCGUCAGCGGCCAGUGUCACUGCGUGGAUGGCUACACGGGGCCCACGUGCCGGCAAGGUGGGCCACCCCAGCUCCCCGGGGUCCCGUUCCCAGCCCUGAGUCCAGCGGCCUCGCACGCAGCCCCUCCCAGACCAGCGCCCACGCUGCUGCACAGCAGGCCAGAGGACCACUAGCACAGAGGCAGCGAGGUGCCCCUCCUGGGUGCCACACUGAGGGGCCCCGGGGACUUCGGUGACUUCCGAGGAGGGACACCACGGGCCAGGACUGAGGCCCACCCUUGCUUCCGAGGCCCCAGAACAGCCGUGCAGCCUCUCCGUCCGCAAGGACCUGCAGGGAUCGCCCAGCCUCCAGGAGGGAGGCUCCGCCUGGUGGAGCUGCUCCGGCCCGGAGCCCAGGCCAGUGGACAGGAGGCCUGUGCGGAGGGGGCCCGCCCCUCCCCGCCGCCAGCUGGCUCGGACUGCUGGCCACUGGGGGUGCAGGUGCACCUAUGGGGGCCCUCGUGCCCCGAGGAGGCUCUUUGGUGCUAGGCCUCGGGACUGGUGCGUCCCACCUGUCACCUGGGGGUGCCACUGGCCGUAUUUAUGGGAAGAUAUUUAUGGGCAGCCGGACACACCCGCUGCACCCCUGGGUGCUGGAAGGCUGCCCGUCUCCUGCCUGCCUCAGGGAGCCCGGACUGGGGACUGCGGGGCCCCGAGGGGCCUCCCUCCGGGCGGUGGGCUCUGGUACGCUGUGAAACCCAGCGAGCUAAGAAAGGAGCAGCCGCUGCU